UUUCCCUUCUCUCCCUUCUCAUGCCACCCUCACGGUUUUUAGGCCUUUUGGAGAUGAAGAAGUUUGGAAGGUAGGAGAUACCCCAUUACAGUUUCCAUGAGAUGUGGGGAUGAAGCAGAACAAGUUUAUUUGAUGCAUUUGUUGUCUUCACUUCCACAUAAUUGGACUUGUGUCAGCCAAGCUCGUUUGGUUUGGCCUUUGGAGCUAUCCAUUGUUUUCUCUGUGCAUUCCAUCACAACACGUCUCAUUAAUGAUUCUUUUGAAGGUGACAAUUCCUUCCCCUACAAGCUCGUAUGGAUUUCUUGUACCUCUUUGAAGAUUUGUUACUUUCUCUGGAUG